AUGACCUCCGGACAGGAGGGUGACUCUGGCAGCUCCGGACAGGAGGGUGACUCUGGCAGCUCUGGACAGGAGGGAGUCUCUGGCUGCUCCGGACAGGAGGGAGACUCUGGCUGCUCCGGACAGGAGGGAGACUCUGGCAGCUCCGGACAGGAGGGAGACUCUGGCAGUUCCGGACACGAGGGAGGCACAGGACUCACCGGGCUGGGGAGACACACAGGAGGCCUCUUCCUUGGCCAAGGCACCGGAUACACUGGGCCGUGGAGGCGCACUGGCGGUCUCGAGCACAGAGCUGGCCCCACCCGUUCUGGCUGGAUGCCAGCUUCCACCCGGCAAAUGCAGGACACUGGCACCGAGCACACCGGCCUGUGA